UAUAUAUAUAUAUAUAUAUAUAUAUAGACGUUAUAAAACGAAGCCUGUGAAAAAUGUUGAAUUUCUAGUUUACAAAUCAGUGUUGGACACCGGACAGUGUCUGCCGAGGUAACCCGUAAGCAGGAGUUUAAUGAAACAUGUAUAGUCAAAAGCUGAGUCAAUAUAACUUCUAACAGUGACUAUCAAGGGAUAAGCCGGUCCUUUUCCACCAAUGACUAUGCAUAACCAAGGAAAACUGUUUACAAAAUGUCUGUCCCUUCAGCGCCAGCCGUGGUGCUUGGCGUCAAACCAUGCUCAAAUAAGCAAAGUUUUGGUCGCAAAUCGAGGUGAGAUUGCAUGUCGUGUGAUCAGGACAGCUAAGAAGUUAGGAAUACAAACAGUAGCAGUCUACAGUGAUGCUGACACCAGUGCAAUGCAUGUGGAAAUGGCCGAUGAAGCAUAUAAUAUUGGACUGCCCCCAUCUGAGGAGAGUUACCUCAAGAAACAGAAGAUUGUUGACAUUGCAAAACAUUCCAGAUGUCAGGCCAUCCAUCCUGGAUAUGGCUUCUUGUCAGAAAAUACAGAGUUUGCACAGCUGUGUCAGCAGUCAGAUAUUACAUUUAUUGGCCCACCAGCCAGUGCUAUAAGAGACAUGGGAAUUAAAAGCACUUCAAAAUCCAUAAUGUCAGCAGCAGGUGUCCCUAUCAUUGGGGGUUACCAUGGCGAAGACCAGUCCGUGACUAAACUGAAACAAGAAGCAGAACGCAUUGGGUUUCCAGUAAUGAUCAAGGCCGUUCGUGGUGGCGGAGGGAAGGGCAUGAGGGUUGCAUUCACAAUGUCUGAGUUCGAGUCACAGUUAGAGUCAGCAAGGCGUGAGGCUCUCAAGUCAUUUGCUGACCAAGCGAUGCUUCUAGAAAAGUUUAUAGAGGAACCAAGACAUGUCGAGGUGCAGAUUUUUGGAGAUCAACAUGGUAACUAUGUUCAUUUGUUUGAACGUGACUGUAGUGUCCAGCGCAGACAUCAGAAGAUCAUUGAGGAGGCUCCAGCUCCUAAUAUAUCACCAUCACUGCAGGCAGAACUUGGAAAGGCAGCUGUGAAUGCAGCCCAUGCAGUGAACUAUGUAGGAGCAGGCACCGUGGAAUUCAUUUUGGAUCGCCACUCUCAUGCCUUUCAUUUCAUGGAGAUGAAUACUCGCCUGCAAGUAGAACAUCCUGUAACAGAGAUGGUGACCAAGACUGAUCUCGUUGAAUGGCAGUUCAGGGUGGCUAGUGGAGAGAAGUUGCCUCUGUCACAAGAGGAGAUUCAUCUCCAUGGCCAUGCAUUUGAGGCUCGCAUCUGUGCUGAAAAUCCUGGCAACAGUUUCAUGCCUGGUGCAGGACUUCUCCAAUAUUUGAUCACGCCAAUACCAAAUUCAGAUGUUCGGGUAGAGACAGGUGUCCGACAAGGUGACGAGGUGUCAAUUCACUAUGACCCAAUGAUUGCAAAGUUAGUUGUCUGGGGUGAGGAUCGAACAUGUGCCCUCAUGAAGAUGAGGGCUCAGCUAACUGAGUAUAAUAUUGUGGGUGUGGACACAAAUUUGGAUUUCCUGUUGGAUCUUUGCAACCACAGCAAGUUUUUCUCUGGUAAUGUCCACACUAACUUCAUAGAGCAGUAUCGCUCAGAACUGUUGGCACAGAAGACUCCACCUGAUCACAUCAUUAUCCAGGCAGCCCUGGCCAUGAUACUGAGUGAACAGCUAGAGGAUGAGAAAGCUGCUGCAGCAUCCCAGGGUCCAUUCAGUCCAUUUUUUUCUGAAUUUGGUUUUCGACUCAACCACCUGUUAGUUCGUGAUAUCAGUUUCACAUAUGGAAAACAAGUCAUUACAGUACAGGUGACCCACAAGAAACAAGAUGGUUUCUUGAUGCGGAUUAACGGUGCAGAGAAGCAAUUCGACAUAUCAGGAACUCUGUCUUUGACUGAUGGCAGAUUGAAUAUCACCUGUCAUAUGGAUAAGAGAGUAGUCAAGUCCCAUGUGGUCAUCACUCCCACUCACAUCCAUUUGUUCACGAAGGAUGGGAGCUACCAGUUUGCCUUACCUGUACACAAGUUCAUGUCUGUGGAGAAAGAGGGUGUUGGCGCUGUGGGGGGCGAUGUAGCAGUUGCACCAAUGCCAGGAGUGGUGGAAAAGUUAUAUGUGACUGCUGGCGAUAUCGUCAAGAUAGGGGAACCCCUGUUUGUUAUCAUUGCUAUGAAGAUGGAGCAUGUGAUCCGCGCGCCAAGAGACGGCCAGGUGGAGAAGAUAUACUGCCAUGUUGGAGGGAAUGUGCUUAAGGAUGCGGUUAUAGUGAAGUUUGUAAAAGAUGACAAAGAUGGUCAGAAUGCUGUAUAACAUAGGAAGGUUAUGAUGGGAAGUUGGUUUAUCACUGAAAGUUACCACAAGUUUUUCUUGUGAGACUGAUGAAGCUGUGUAACCCUUUCAGUACAUGUGAUACUCAGAGCUGUGUAUGCCCACAUUCAGAGCACAAAUUUAGUUUUGUACAGGAUCUUAUUUGGUAGCAGUUCACAGGGUCACCUCUGCCAUACCUGUUCAGUACUUCAUAUUGCAGUUUCUACUGCUGUACCUGCAUUGUAUCUCAAUGGACAUACAUCAUGAUAUUCUGUGUUGAAGGCAUCACACUGCCUUGUAAUACUGUGGAAGAUGCAUAUCCUGUAUGUGAUGACCCUGGAAGACUGAAGAAUACAUGGCACAGAUAAUGCAGGCAUCCAUAUUAUUAAAGCAUAAACAGAACAAUUUAAACAAAGACUGGAACUUUGAAACAUUUUAAAGAUACAAUUUUGGAGGUUAAGAACAAAUGUGACAUUACAGCUGUCAUUCAAAUACAUGCCAAGUAUCACUCAAGGGAAAGUUAUAUGUGGAGCUACAAAAUUCACGUUCAUAUUUGGAUAUAAAAUUUUAGGUGAAUGUUAAGAUUAUGGUUUUCCUGGAUGCAAUGGUGUUUAAUUUGGUAGAUGGGUACCAAUGUUUCGAAGAAAGAAGCUACUUCCAUCAUCAGGGUAGGAAGGUGGAAGUGACCAUUCUCCUCCCAGAUGUUGGGAGCAGGUACUGCUGAAAUGUUGGUACCUUUCUGCCAUACUCUAUGGCAUCACAAUGCAGAAGACCUUAAUCCAAAUAUUUUGAUAUUCUGAUAUAUGUAUUCACAGUCCGUCUAUAAUGCAACAAUUGUUUUAUUCACCAUUUAACAC